GUUUCCUAUCCGCCAUUUUCCAGUCGCCAUUGAAGGUGAAAACUACACUAAAUGUCGGUGAUGAUUUUAAGAUUUUGAGUGGUUUCUUUAAGAUUAUACCUGUUUUAGUGUUGUGAAAUGAAAAUGAAGUGCCGGGACUACCAUGACGCAUCAAAAUCACCAAACAAACGGUGCAAGUCUCGAGGAUUGUCAUACAAACUUCUUCGCCUUGACGGAGUUGUAUGGCAUAAAAUGGCGUAAGUUAGUGUGGGGCGAGACGAGCGGCGGCGGUGGCGGCGGCGCGGAUGGCGACGAGGGCGCCGCGCCGCUCGCCGACCCCGUGAUCAGCAGCUACGCGCGCUGCCUCGCCGGGGACAUCCUGUGCGUGUGGCGGCGCGUGCCCUCGCCGCAGCCGGUCGAGACGCUCGACUACAUGGCGGUGCCGGCGCCGCCCGCCGCGCCGCCGCUCUCGCUCCGCGCCGCCAAGGAGCUCUGGAUCUUCUGGUACGGCGAGGAGCCCGACCUCAACGGGCUCGUCGCGCCAGAACUCAUCACCAGCCAAGGCGAGCAGGGGUCGUGGGAGAGCGGCCUGUCCUACGAGUGUCGUUCGCUGUUGUUCAAAGCGCUCCAUAACCUCAUUGAAAGAUGUCUCCUGUCGCGGGACUUCGUGAGGCUCGGCAAGUGGUUUGUGCAACCGUACGACGGCGACGAGGAGGAUGUCGGCAAGAGUCCAUGGCACCUGUCGUUCUCGUUCGCGUUCUUCCUCCACGGCGAGAGCACGGUGUGCGCGUCUGUGGACGUGCGCCAGCAUCCGCCCGUGCGCACGCUCACCGCCAAGCGGCUCGCCAAGAUCAACUCGCCGGACCACAACGGAGAUGCUAAGGUGAUCCUGGCGCCGUUCGGGCUGGAGGGGCGGCUGACGGGGCGCGAGUGGGGCGAGGCGGACGCCGCCACCGCGCGCCUGCUCGACGCCUGGCGACAUCUCUACCCGCUCGAGCAGGGCUGCGGCGCCGUCGAGGUGGUGUGCGGCGGGUCGCGCAUGCGCUACCCGAGCCCGUACGCGCUGGUGACGGACAUGGAGCCGGGCGCGCGCGCGCCGCCGCCGCGCAUGGCGCCGCGCGCGCUCACCGCGCUCACCACGCCCGCGCCGCACCAGAGUGCGGAACUGUGCUUCAGCGACCCAGCCGCCGAUAAGAACGAUGACUUCGUCGACCCCACCCGCAAAACACCCUGUACCUGUACCAAGGUGAGUACACAACCGAGCAGGACGUAG